UCUACAAUACCAAAUAUACAUAUCAUGGAACUACCUUUCAUAAUGAAUCCAACAAUAUUAAUUUGACAUUGUGAAUGUUGAUACAUGUUUCUAUAAAUUUGGUCAAAGUAGAAAUACUUUGACUUCGGACAAAGCUAAUAUGCAGACUAAAAAGGACCAGAGGGAGUACGAACGAAAAGUCUAAGAUCCACAAAUGGCUCACAAACUGAGCAAAAGAAAACUAGUAUGAUAAAAAGUGAACUUCCACAUCCGACAAGACCAAAAACAGACUACGAUGCCUAUACACCUAGUCUAUUAUUACCUGUUAUCCAAAUCGGUUGAAGAUAGCCUGUGCGACCGUCUCUCACCGGUUGCACCCAAUAGCCAUAAGCUCCGUGGAGUCCGCAUGAGUGAGUAAUGAUCACAUACGGAUCCAAGCGGUGGCUCUGAAGAUAACCUGCAAAAAAUUGUUGAAGAUCUUGCCAUUAAAAAUCAUAUCGUUCCUAGUGUUUCAUAUAGCCCAAAAUAGUGCACAUAUUCCAAUGCAGAUAUGGUUCGCUAUGGUUACGUCUACUCCACUGAGCCACGUCCCAAAUAGUGUAUUAGUGCUCAUCGGUGGAAAUGUUGAAGGCUAUAUGUACAGUGUGCCAUAGUUAUUUUGCUAGUGGGCAGUCGAGAAAGAGGUGUCUUAUGGUUUUUAUUGCGAUCGCAAUAGCAACAUCUAGGACUACCUACCCAUCUUCUCUUUAUCAGAUUAUCCUUGGUUAGUACAACACCCUUGUGUACAAACCACAUGAAAACUUUAAUUCUAAGUGGUACCUUAAUUUUACAGAUAUGUAGUGAUCUCGACAGUGGCCCAGAGUUAAUCAAAUCCUGGUACACUGAUUUUACUGAAAAACUACCACUUGUAGAUAAUUUCCAAUGAAUAGUAUCUGACUGGUCAGUUAAUUGAACGUCCAUCAACCGUCUGACCAAAUACAACCAGGAGUCCCAGCGUUGCCCUACUAGGGACCUCCUGAACUAAAUAUUAAGAGGCACUGAGUGUUAUACUAUGGUGACAUAAUCCUCCUUACGUUGUACAAUAUUGUAUAGGGACGUGUAUUAUAGGGCUAGCGGCGUUUCCCCUAGCCACGUGUCCUCCCAAAACCUAGUUGUUAUGCCAUUGCCAACUAAAAACUUCACCAGUUGGAAGAAAGUUAUUUUCAUCUUCAUUAACCCCUUCCAGAACGGUGAGUCAUUAGGUCUCGCAGUUACCUGGGCCAAAGUCUUGGAGUGUAGGUACUUAUUCCUCAAGAUUUGUACGCACAUCCCUUUAGUCUCAGUAGAUAGUCUGUAUAACCAUUUGCUAAGCAAGCAUCUAUUCUUCACUUCUAAAUUUUCGAUCCCUAGACCCCCUUGGUCUUUAGGUCUGUAAAUAAUAUCCUACCUUGUCAAUCUUUAUUUCUUCUUGGCCUCAUCACAUUGCCAAAAAAAACGAGAUCGUUGAAAGUCUAAUCUUUUCCGUACCCCUACCGGUACCUCGAAGAAAGAUAAAAGGAACAUCGGCAAACUCGUCAGAACCGAGUUUAUCAACACUAGCCGACCUCCAUAAGACAUGAGCUUGCCCUUCCAGCAGCUUAGUCUUUUUUCGAAUCUAUCUUCAAUGCAUUUCCAUUUCUUAUUCGUCAAGCGCCUGUGAUGAAUGGGAAUCCCUAGGUAAGUAAAUGGUAGGGAUCCCAUUUCACAUCCGAACAGUUGUCUAUAAGCAUCUUUUUCCUCUUUUGCUUUCCCAAAACAGAACAAUUCGCUUUUGUUAAAAUUUGUUUUUAAUCCAGACAAAUACUCAAAUAAGCAAAGAACCAACUUCAUAUUUCUAGCUUUUGCAAUAUCAUGUUCUAUGAAAAUGAUAGUGUCAUCUGCGUACUGUAGUAUGGACACUCCCCCCUCAACCAUGAGCUUAGGAUUGUAGGAGGGAGGAAAUAGAUAGAUGAUAUUUGGGUAUAAAUCAAGAUAUAUCUUUGGUAAGUAAGUAAUGCAGGAGGGAGGAGAUUACUCUCCCAGUUAAUUUCCCAAGGGCUCAUCUAUGCAGAAUUGAUAAAGGUGCAUUUGGUUUACUGAAAUUUUUUGGUGUUGCAGAACGCAAGCAAAACACAAAUUUUAUUUACAGAAAGCCUACCAAUUCUUUGUUGCAAAUUGAUACAUGUUCCUGAAUUUAUUUUUUGGUUACUAAAGAUGUACAAUGAGGAGUAUGAUUUUUACUGUGCCACCACAACAAAUACUUCCUAAUGGUUGGACAAUGUUGCAGGCUUCUUCUCCAAGACGAGGACAUUCACUAUACUCAACACAAGUUCACAUGUUUCAUGUAGUACUCUCCAAAGCUUACAUAAUGCAAUGAGGCAAAAAGCAAACUCACUUUCAGGAAAAAGACUGAGGUGGACUGAGGUUUCAGCUGGAGCUCCAAUAGCCACUGCAUCCCCCUUGGGACACAAGACACAGGUAGUAGUGAAGUACCAGAGCUACAGCUUGGGAGAGGCCAUGAAGAGCUCUUCAGUUGCACCAAGCCUGAAACAGGAGCAAGUACAUGCUAGCAAACUGCGGGAAGGCGUCCUCAACAACCUUGAGCUUAGGCUUGGCAUCUCUUCCGACAAUGGCCUGAGUAGUGGUGGUGGUGGUGCUACUACUCCAUGGCUUGGUGUUGGAGUGCACCCUUGGAGCCUGUCCGCCAGGCAAGACAAGGCGGCCCUGGAACAACCUCAGCAGAGGCCUAAUGAGUGUCCUGCACACAGAGAAGAUCGCCCUCAACUGGUCGGAUGGCCACCGGUGCGGACAUUCCGCAAGAAUCUGUCUGCCACAUCCACAAGGCCUGUAUAUUCUGAAGACCUGAGCAAAGUGGAACCCAGCUAUGAAGAAAACGACCAUGGAAACAUAAACGCUGGAGUUUCAGUACAAGAGAGGCCAGCCAUGUUCGUGAAGGUGAACCUGGAAGGGUAUGCUGUCGGGAGAAAGAUUGACCUGAAUGCACACCGCGGCUACGGGUCGCUAUCCAGUGCUCUUCAGAGCAUGUUCCAUGGCUUCUUGUCAGAUGGCCAUGGGAAGAUUGCAACCAGAGAGGAUGAAGAGCGGCCGGAAUAUCACAAGGGCAAGGGCACGAUGAAGAACUACAUUCUUCUGUACGAGGACAACGAGGGCGACCGCAUGCUCGUCGGCGACGUACCGUGGGAGUUGUUCGUCGCUUCAGUAAAGAGGCUCUACAUUGCCAAGGACCCUAGAGCUGACAGAAGCAACAAGAAGUAGAGCAAUGGAUGAUCAGGUGCGAGGCAGUUCCUGUGCAUCUAGCCGACUGCAAAUGACAACAGGAGAUUGCAUAGCUCCAAUGAGCGCUCUCAUGGAUCAUGCAUAUAUGGUCUUCCCCUCCAAUGAGCUCACCUGCGUGUGUCUAGGGGCGUAGUGCGAUUAAUUACUGUAGGAAGUUUUGUGCAAUCGAAUAGAUAAUGUAUUAGCUAAUGUUUAUGUAAAAUAACGCACAGUGUAAUUAUGAAGUACUUCCUCUGUAAACUAAUACAAAACUUCUUUUUUUUA